AUGUCUUUCGGAUAUUCUCAAGAAGUUAUUAACGAUUUAGAAAAUUUACUUGAAACUGGCGAAGAAAUUUUUGAAACAAUCUAUAAACAUGAGAUUUUUAAAGAUUUAUGGAUUAUUGUCUGGACCAUAUUAUUUAAAUCUGAUAAAUUUAUUAAUUUAGAGGUACCUUUAUUAGAAUUACUUUUAAAACGAGAUGAUUUAUCAUUGGACGAAAUUGAUAUAUGGGACAAUUUGAUUAAAUGGUGUUUCCUUUUAUUCAACAAGAUUAAUUAA